GCAAUUUGCAAGAUUGGAUGCCAUGUGUGUUGUCUAAAUGUCAGCUGCUUUGAUAGUGUGCAUUUUAUUGUUAGUGCACAAUGUAUUUGGAGAACAAUAUUGUUAUAAAGCUUUUAAAUUUCAAGCAACCUUGAUAGAAUAUUUUAUACAAUAACCUAUUCUCAGAAAUUUUAAGCAGAAAUGGCAAACUUAGGAAACCGUAUUGUUGUUUUAAUUGAUAUGGACUGCUUUUUCUGUCAAGUUGAGACACGAUUGAAACCUGAACAUGCAGGAAAACCCUUGGCAGUAGUGCAAUACAAUCAAUGGAAAUUAGGAGGUAUAAUUGCCGUAAACUAUGAAGCAAGAGAUUUUGGAGUUACUCGACAUAUGCGUGGUGAAGAAGCAAAGGAAAAAUGUCCAGAUAUUGUAUUAGCAAUUGUUCCCUCUCAGAGAGGGAAAGCAGAUACCUCUCGUUACAGAAGUGCUGGACGUGAAGUAAUUGAUGUUUUGAAGAAAUAUUGUAAUAUAGUGGAAAGAGCUAGUGUUGAUGAGGCUUAUUUAGAUAUUACUCAAAUAGUUGAUGAUAAACUUUCAAAAGAAAUAAUUGAUUCUGAUUCUAUUUCAAAGCAACUAGAGAAUAGUUAUAUUGUAGGGUUUUCAGAAAGUGAUAUAAAUAAUGAAGAACAAAGAAGUAAGGGUCUUCAAGAUUGGCUUUCGGAAUUAGCAGAUGACAUUCAAAUUCAGCGCUUGGCUAUUGCUGGUGCAUUUGUUGAACAUAUAAGAAAAGAGGUUUAUGACACUACCGGUUUUAGGUGUUCAGCAGGAAUCUCAUUCAAUAAGAUUUUAGCUAAAUUAGCAUGUGGUCUACAUAAACCAAAUCGUCAAACUAUUCUACCAGCAUCUGCUGUUCCUGAGUUAUAUGGAUCAUUGCCAGUCAAAAAAGUUAGGAAUCUUGGAGGAAAAUUAGGAGAUAUGGUUAUAGAUUCUUUAAAAUGCAAUGUCAUGGCAGAUCUUUUACCUUAUUCUCUGCAAUAUCUUCAAAACCGUUUUGAUGAAAAAACUGGAAUGUGGUUAUACAAUAUCGCCCGCGGUAUUGAUAGCGAACCAGUCACUCCAAGACUGGUUUCAAAGUCAAUAGGAGCAUGCAAGAGAUUCCCAGGAAAACAAGCUAUAGUAGAACUGGAUGUGCUUAAACACUGGAUAGGAGAAUUGUCGGCGGAAGUGUGUGAAAGACUUGAGCAAGAUCUAGAAGAAAAUGAACGUAAAGCAUCGCAGCUCAUAGUAAGUUUUCAGUAUUGUCAAGAUAAAAAGUUAGUCUCACAGUCUCGAACCGUUGCCUUAACGUCUUACAAACAGGAGAAAGUCGCGGAACAAUCCCUUAAUAUUGUUGUUAAAGCCACGCAGCAAUUACUCAUAUCAUUUUUAGGAUUAUCUGCUGGCAAAUUUAUCAAAGCAAAAGGAAGCGAAAAUUUUAUGAAUUUCUUCAAAUCCGGUACAAGUGACAAAGUUAGUACAGUGACAAAUAGUAACGUUGAAAAUAAUAUCGUCAAAAUUGAUGAGGUGAAUGAUGACGUUCAAAUGAGCGAAGCAAUGGACGGAAAUCGCAUAGUUGAACAAGUAGAAGUAUUUAAAGCAAACCUCAAACCUAGUACUAGCUCUAAAGUUAGUAGAAGGUCGUCUCCUUGUAGUAAAAUUCAAAAAACCUUGAAAACUGAUAAUUUUAAAAAGUCUUUUUUUAUGAACAUUUUAAAAGAUAAGCAACCAAAAAAUGAAAAUUUAGAACCAGAAAUAAAAUUGGAUAAUCAUUCUGAUGAAAUAGACUGUGAUAAUGAAAUUGAAUCUCAUGAAAACUCGAAUCCUGAAGAGCUUGGCAAUAAUACUGAUGAGACUGAAAAUGUAGCAAGUUCGUCAAAGAUAAUGUCUCACCCACAAAGUCAUUCAACGAUUACUAAUACAGCAAGUGUAGGAUUACAAGAAAUAUUUCCAGAUUUGAAUGAUAUAGAUCCGAAUAUUGUUAGAUUACUGCCACCUCAUUUACAAGAGGAAGCGAGGAAGUUUUUGAAAAAAAAUGAGUCGCGUAAUAAAACAAGUGAUACAAACAAAUUAAAAAACAAUGAGACAAAUAAAUCCACAAAAAAUAAAGUAUCUAAAAUAAAAAGUACUAACGAGAAACCAAGAAUUCAAAACUUUUUCAUAAAAACAGAUGUAAACAGCGAUUCAACGUUUAAUAAUUUUAAAAAAUGCACACAGUGCGGUCAAUCGAUUUUAGUAGAAAAAUUUGAUGAGCACAACGAUUAUCACGUGGCUCAAAAUUUGCAAAAAGAAAUGAACCGUAUGACGAAUAACAACGAUGUGCGUAGUAGAAAAAAUGUUUUAGAAAGUCCAAACCAUCUAAAACGGCAUAGUGAUGAGAUUGUUAGUAAAAUUCCAAAAAAGCCUAUAUUAUCAUUUUUUCAACAAUAGUUGUUUAAUUAUUUUAAUUGCAAAUGAAUUGUACAUAUAUCAUUCAAAGCAACUGUUGACAGUCUUGCAUCUGUUAUAAACAUACAAACUACACACUCAUUUUUAGUUCUUAUAUAAGUAUUUUUAUACAGAUUUUUAUAUUUAUUGUGUAAUCAUAUAAAAAUGCGGAGUAGCUUUCUAAUUGUAUAAAUUAAAAUUUUUACUAA